GAGGCAGCCCCGCUCGGGACGCAGCGCCCGCCACCCGCGCCCCGUCGUUUCUCCGCCUUUGUGUCCCGGCCGCGCGCCCUCCCUGCCGUCCCGCGCCCGACACCCUGGAGUCGCACGGGAGCCGGCGGUUCGAGCUGGGUCCGGCGCGGCGACCCGGAGCCCCGAGCCCGCCGCGCCGCCGCGCCCCGCGUGUGCGCUCCAGCCUCUCGCCGUGAGGGCCCCGAGGGGAGCGCUCCUGGCGUCGGUGACCGCUGGAGCUGCUCAGCGCGCCCCAGAUCUGCCUGCCGUCUCCCCUUUUCUGCCUGGAGAAUUAGGGCUUCCGGCCCGCACCCCACAUCUCCGCGGUCCCGAGUGCGCGGAGCUGGGAGCGGCUUGGCCAUGGCCGCGAGGAGGGACUCCGUGUGGAAGUACUGCUGGGGAGUUUUGAUGGUUUUAUGCAGAAGUGCGAUUUCCAGAUCGAUAGUUUUAGAGCCCAUCUAUUGGAAUUCCUCGAACUCCAAAUUUCUACCUGGACAAGGACUGGUACUAUACCCACAGAUAGGAGACAAAUUGGAUAUUAUUUGCCCCAAAAUGGACUCUAAAACUAUUGGCCAGUAUGAAUAUUAUAAAGUUUAUAUGGUUGAUAAAGACCAAGCAGAAAGAUGCACUAUUAAAAAGGAAAAUACCCCUCUCCUCAACUGUGCCAGACCAGACCAAGAUGUAAAAUUCACUAUCAAGUUUCAAGAAUUCAGCCCUAACCUUUGGGGUCUAGAAUUUCAGAAGAACAGAGAUUAUUACAUUAUAUCUACAUCAAAUGGGUCUUUGGAGGGCCUGGAUAACCAGGAGGGAGGGGUGUGCCAGACAAGAGCCAUGAAGAUCCUCAUGAAAGUUGGACAAGAUGCGAGUUCUGCUGGGUCAACCAGGCAUAAUGAUCCAACAAGACGUCCAGAACUAGAAGCUGGUACAAAUGGAAGAAGCUCAACAACAAGUCCCUUUGUCAAACCAAAUCCAGGUUCCAGCACCGACGGCAACAGCGCCGGGCAUUCCGGGAACAAUAUCCUCGGUUCCGAAGUGGCCUUAUUCGCGGGGAUUGCUUCAGGAUGCAUCAUCUUCAUCGUCAUCAUCAUCACGCUGGUGGUCCUGCUGCUCAAGUACCGGCGGAGGCACCGCAAGCACUCGCCGCAGCACACGGCCACGCUGUCGCUCAGCACGCUGGCCACCCCCAAGCGCGGCGGCAACAACAACGGCUCGGAGCCCAGUGACAUUAUCAUCCCCCUGAGGACUGCGGACAGUGUCUUCUGCCCCCACUACGAGAAGGUCAGCGGGGACUACGGGCACCCCGUGUACAUAGUCCAGGAGAUGCCCCCCCAGAGCCCCGCGAACAUUUACUACAAGGUCUGAGACGUGGCGGUGCCUUCGCUUUCCCGGAGGAGGAAACUGACUGUCCUGCUGCCGCCCGCCCUCCCACCUGCCCGCGGGGGCGCGGCUGACCCCUUGUGUCUCGAGUGGACUGAAGCACAGCGGGGGUGGAGGGGACACUCCUUCUCCGAAGGGCCCCGUUGAGCUGGACAGCUUACCUAGUCUGUAGCGUUUCGGCCGUGGUGAAUCCAGAUGCGCACCGACAGCUGGAAGACUUGUGUAGAGGGCGCCCGUGGGGACCGGCGCUCGCCUCACCCCUGUCCUCCUGGAAGCCAUGUGCCGCGGUCACGCAGGCCUGCACCGCAGCCAAGCGCAGACUGUGGCGGGUGGACGCGAGAGAGCCCUUGGGCGUCCUAGGCAUAGAUGCCCUGGGAUGCCCCGCCUGGAAACGCCGUCUUCUGCCUCGGGUGUGCCCCUCGACGUGUGUCGCAUAGACCUCUGGCUCGGUGGGGCUUGCAGAGAGCGCUAGCGUGUAGGCCUCACGGUUGCACACUCCCGUUAUCCAGGGCUCUGCCGUACUUCCCAUGUGAUUUCCCCUCACGCCACGUUCUGCAUCACGAAUGGAACAUUCACGUUGGGGGUCUCCUACUCCAUCCGUUUGCAACAAACAGCUACCGUCGAAUGGAUAAUAAUAUGAUACAUUUCUAGAAACUGUGUUUGCUAAGAAGGAGCCUUCCAGCCGGACGCCAGGCUGCCAGCGCGGAAGACCAGGAGCCGGUGGAAGGCGGGGGAAGGGGGAAGGGCUGUCUGCGAACACAGUUCAGCGCUGCUGCCUCUGAAACAGAAAGUUGGGAAGAGGGGGGGUGGGGGACCCAAUUAGGUAGCACAGCACUUUGGUUUCACUACGAUUUUAAGAGGCAAGUAGGAGACACAACAGCAUACACACAGUGGAUUAGGGUGCAUUGGAAGGAAUUCACUCUUAUCAAAUAGCAACUUGCAGGAAAAGAAGAGUCCCUCUUCACUGGGUGGAACAAAGGGUCAUUGUUGGUAGAGGAACAGGCCUGGAGAGGGAAGGGAGAAGGCGGGGCGGGGCGAGAUCCCGCAGGACUGUUGUGGUACUGGCAAUAAGAUGUACAGCUCCGAGGCUGUAGGAAAGUCGGUCUGCUUUGGAUGAUGUCUAAAGCAGACUCAGCUGCUAUACUUAUCACAUUUUAUUAAACACAGGGAAAGCAUUUAGAAGAAGAGCAGAGAGCCAAAUCUGACCUAGAAGUUUAAAAGCCAAAGGUCAAACAGGCUGUAAUUCCAUCAUCAUUAACAUUAUUAAAGAAUUCUCAUGUAAAAGGUAGGUCAGAUUCCCCUGUCCCCCCCAAAGCCCCUUCCCCACCCCUCCUCCCGAUCGAGCCUUAUAACACUUUGGUUUAUGGCGGUGCUGUCCGGGCUGCGGGGACCGCGGCGUAGGUACUGAGCAAGGCCGAGUGCAGGUGCUCUGGGUCAAGGUGAAGCACAUAUGGCAAACCUCUUAGAGUCCUUAAGACGGAAAUAAAUUAUGAUAUCGAGGGGGAGAAGGAGGAUAGGAUGUAUUUAUAAUAGGUGUAUAGAACACAAGGGAUAUAAAGUGAAAGAUUUUUACUAAUAUAUAUUUUAAGAUUGCACACAAUGUACACCAGAAGAUGUGAAAUUCACUUGUGGCAAUUAAGUGGUCCCAGUGCUCAGUGCUUUACAAAAGGAAAAAAAAAAUUGGACAGCUACUUCUGGGAAAAACAACAUCACUCCAAAUAUAACAAUAAU